AUGGCUGUGGAAAACCAAAGGGGUCAUUUGGGGGAUGAAGAUGGGGGUAGUGACCGUUUUCCCGUGGGUAUGCGUGUUCUGGCCGUGGAUGACGACCCCAUUUGUCUCAAAGUGUUGGAGACUUUGCUUCGCAAAUGCCAGUAUCAGGUUACUACAACUAAUCAGGCAGUUGAGGCACUGAAAAUGUUGAGGGAAAACAGAAAUAAGUUUGACCUCGUUAUCAGCGAUGUGAAUAUGCCUGACAUGGAUGGAUUUAAGCUCCUUGAGUUGGUGGGACUUGAAAUGGACCUACCUGUCAUCAUGUUGUCAGCACACAGUGAUACAAAGCUGGUGAUGCAGGGUGUUACGCAUGGGGCAUGUGACUAUCUACUGAAACCUGUUCGAAUUGAAGAGCUGAAGAACAUUUGGCAACAUGUAGUCCGUAGAAAGAAUUUUGAUUCCAGGGAUCAGAACAAGGCUUCCAAUGAUGAAAAGGCUCUUAAUACUGCUGGGGAAGGUAGUCCAAGCCUAAGAUCAGAAAACAGUGGUGACCAGAAUAAAAGACUUGGUAAAAAAAGGAAGGACCAAAGUGAGGAAGAAGAAGAUGAUGGGGAAGGGAAUGGAGAUGAUGAUGACCCCUCCGCACAGAAGAAACCUCGUGUUGUUUGGUCUGUCGAGUUGCAUAGAAAAUUUGUUGCUGCUGUUAAUCAACUGGGCCUAGAAAAGGCUGUUCCCAAGAAAAUACUUGACCUGAUGAAUGUUGAAGGGCUUACAAGGGAAAAUGUGGCAAGCCAUCUACAGAAGUAUAGACUAUAUCUGAAAAAGGCAAACCAUCAAGCUAACAUGGUUGCUGCAUUGGGUGGUAGUGAUUCUUACCUACGAAUGGGUUCAAUAGAUGGAUAUGGGGAUUUUUGCACUGCAUCUGGUUCUGGAAGGAUCUCAAACACUACAUUACCAUCAUAUGCAUCUUCUGGAAUUUUCAGUAGACUGAAUUCCCCAGCUGGCUUGAACAUGCGAGGAAUCAGUUCUCCUGCACUUAUCCGGCCUGUUCAGACUCAAAACAUCAACAGCUCCUUAAACACACUUGGAAACAUUCAGCCAUCCAUUUUUUCUGCAAAUCAGAGCUCAAGUUUGUUACAGGGCAUUCCGACAUCAAUUGAGCUUAACCAAUCUAAGCAAAGCAACUGUUCAACUGGAGUAUCGCAGCUAAAUCAAGUUGAUUCAAGUGGAUUUGCAGUUGCCUCUGGCUUCCCAGACAGUAGGGCUACAGUUAAUGGUCCAAACAAUUCUCUACCAUGUGUCUCAAAUAAUCAUCUGAUUUUACAAGGAAAUCCACAGCAAACACAGAGCCCAGGAGCAUUUCGAAAUCAGUCUUCUGUUAGAGCAGCUUCCUUGAGUGCAGAAUCUUUUGGCAUAUGUGGUUCUUCUAAUAUGUUGGAUUACAAUCGGUGUAAUGAAAACUGGCAGAAUGCAGCUCAGUUGUCCAAAUUUCAGGCCAUUUCCUUGCCACUGUGUGAGGCUUUCAGCAAUGACCAACUGUCUCCCACUAGCAUCAAUAUUUCCAACUCAGGUACACAUAUUGGCAACACUCCGGUUGAUUUUUCUUCCAGAAUGGCAAUGUCUGUUCCUUUGGAGGAUGGCAGAAAUGAGAUCCGUUGCCAAGAAGGCUUGAUUGGAAAUAUUAUACAGCCUUCAAGCUAUGCACCACAACAAAGGUGGGAAGAACAGAAAUUGGAUUAUAAUCAAAACCUGAGUCGACCCUUCAAUCCUGUAAAUUCACAUGCUUCUUCCAGUGCAGCAACAAGUUCUAUGGGGCAUGGCUUAAAUCAAAAUAAUGCAAUUUGUAGCAAUAGAAUUGAUGCAUCUUUGGUUGGCCCGUGCACUGAAGUUGGGAAAUUCUCUUCUGACAUUCAACUGAAGUCGAAUGAAGCCUACAUUUUGGAACAAUUAAAGUCCCAAGAAGGAUUUAUGCAGAAUACUUUUGGGACCUUGGAUGACAUAAUGGGUGCAAUAGUCAAAAGGGAGCAAAAUGAGUUGACAUUGUUGGAUGGAGAAAUAGGAUUUGAUGCCUCCUACCCUGUUGGAUCAUGCAACUGA